UCUCGCUUAUUGUGUGAGCGAGUCGGUUCGUUAUUUUUUCCCAAUUUAGUUGUAUCAAGUUGGGGUUCAGUUAUUGUAUACUGUCAUAAAUCCGACUCUCAAGUCGACACCGAGACCACUUGUCGGUCGGUUGUGUAGCAGUGUCUCAUAUUGAGCCGGGUUUCUGGUCUGAUUCCUUUGUAAAUACUGUUAUUUGUAUAUACUGUAAAUGAUGACGUCCAUGGGCGGAAACAAAGCCCGGGGCAGCUGGGAGCAGACACAGGGCCAGACACAGAGCCAGACACAGCACAAGCAGAGGCCUCAGGCUACUGCGGAGCAGAUCCGACUCGCGCAGAUGAUUUCAGACCACAAUGAUGCAGACUUUGAAGAGAAGGUCAAACAGCUGAUUGACAUUACAGGCAAGGAUCAGGAUGAGUCUAUGAUCGCACUGCACGACUGCAACGGGGAUGUCAACAGAGCCAUUAACGUGUUGCUGGAGGGUAGCCCAGACACUGACUCUUGGGAAAUGGUGGGAAAGAAGAAAGGGGUGUCAGGCCAGAAGGAGACGAGCCAGGGCGAGACCGGAGACGAAGGAAAGGAGAACAGGGAGAAAGGAGGAGAUAAAGAUGUCGCACGUCGUCGAGGUGGAGCGCCGCGCAAGGGCCGUGGAGCCAGCAGGGGACGAGAGUUUCGUGGUCAGGAGAACGGCCUGGAUGGAGGAAAGGUUGGAAUAGCUGGAAGAGGUGCAGAGCGAGGCCGAAGGGGAAGAGGCAGAGGAAGAGGGACUGUUGCUGUGUCUGCACGGCGAGGAGGCAGAUUUUCGGCGCAGGGAAUGGGCCAGAUUGAUAAGGGGCCCAGAUUUGAUAUUGCAGAUGGUGAGAGAACAUUCAACCCUGCUGACUAUGCGGAGCCGGCUCAGACAGAGGAAAACUACGGUGGAGGCAGCACCUGGAACAACACAGGAAGCGUGGAGAUGGAGGAGGGAGCAAGGUUGGAGUAUUCUGCCGGAGAGGGAACAAAUUACCCGCCCAAGUUUGACUCUGCUCCUGGUGCCUGGAGGACUGCCACAGAGGAGUGGGGCACUGAGGACUGGAAUGAGGAUCUUUCAGAGACCAAGAUAUUCACAGCUUCCAGUGUUGCGUCCAUUCCUAUGCCUCAAGAGAAUGUUACCAUCACCAAAGGACAAAGGAUUGACCUUGCGGUGCUUCUGGGGAAGACUCCCCCAUCCUCGUCCUCAGAGACAGAAAAUCCCCCCAUGGAGGCCACCCAGCCCCCCUCCUUGUCUCAGUCACUGGUUUUCAGCAACUCCAAGCAAGGGGUGCCACUGUCUCAAACACCCUCCAGCACCCCGUACACCCAGCACAGCAUGGUCAGCAUGCUGAGCAAGGGUUUCGGGGAUGUGGGGGACCCCAAAGCAGCGAGCACGGGGACCACUGGCUCUCAGUUCCUGGAGCAGUAUAAAACAGCUCAGGCACUCGCUCAGCUGGCUGCCCAGCACUCCCAGACAGGACCUCCAAACACAGCGCCUUCAUCCUGGGACACCAGUGCCGCCUCACUGGGACAGUAUGACAUGAAGUCUCAGCCAGAGUCUUCGGUCCAUUCGCCCUUUGCAAAGCGGCAGCCGUACCAGGCCGCCACCUCGACCUCGUCCAUGUUGGAUGUUUUCCUGCAGGACAAAGGCCUGCCUCCUUCCUCUGCAUCUUCUUCCUUACCCCAACGAACAACAUCCUCGCCCCACGCGGUGCCUCCGCCUGCUUCCGCCCUCCCCAAAAUGGCAGCAGUUCCCUCUCUAGGUCAACAAGUUUCCCCGAGUUCCUCAGAUGCCCAGAGUCCUCUUCCUCUGCAGCAACACAAACUCAAACAGCAGAAAAAAAGGACCUCUAUUUCAACAAAGAUUCCCGCGAUGGCAGUGGAGAUGCCUGGCUCCACGGACAUGUCAGGCCUCAAUCUUCAAUUUGGAGCGCUGCAGUUUGGGUCAGAGCCAGUUCUACCGGAGUACGAGUCGGCCCCCACAUCCUCGAGCCCGGCCAACCAGGUUCAGAACAGUCUCUACACGAGCCCCAGCAGUGAAUCAGCUGCAGCUCUCUCCACCUCCAGCCAGAUGGACAUGUACGAUCAGAGAGCAGCCCAGACACGGCGUUACCCUCCCUCCGUCUCCUCCUCCCCUCAGAAGGAUAUGCAGCCAAAGAAUGGCUACAGUUCAAUGCAAGCGACGCAAGCCGUGGAUGCUGCAGCAGGCUCUGCAGUCAAGCUGGCCUCUGAUUCGGUCACACAGGCCUCUGUCUCCAGCAUGGGCACUUUGACUGACAGUGGCCCAGGCCCUGCCUCCUUGUUGACCACAUCCAAUCAGACAUCCCUAAGCGCUAUGGGGCACAGUGAAGACAUGCCUCCAACCACCAUGCCCCCUCCUCAGCACAACAAUUCACACCCAUCACAACAGAACAGCCUAGCUCCAUCUUCAGUCCGGACGUCAAACUCAAGCUUAAUGCAUCAGAGCGUAGACGGCGACUCGAGUCUGCACUCUUCCUCCUUCCCUUCCUCCGUCUCAGCCGUGCAGUCUUCAUCGGUCCCCUCCUCUUCCUCGGUUGCGGCGCAGGUGUCACUAGGAGCCCCUCAGCCCCCCUCCAUGGGCUCUGGCACAGUCUCAGCCCCCUCUGGCCUCGGCCCUGUCAGCAGUUUGGCAAUGGGUCUCAACGCUGCCUCCAUGGGCGCCCCGGCUGCAGCAGCUGCUACCAUUUCAGUCUCCACGGCGGCCUCGCUUAUUUCUUCUGCUGCUUCCUCGUCACGCGGCUCUGCAGCAUCCUCAGGGAAAGCACCUCCAAACCUGCCACCUGGAGUGCCCCCUCUACUGCCCAACCCAUACAUCAUGGCCCCAGGACUACUGCACGCCUACCCUCCUCAGGUGUACGGCUAUGAUGACCUACAGAUGCUGCAGACAAGAAUACCGCUGGAUUAUUACAGCAUCCCUUUUGCAACUCCAACAACAGCACUGACCGGCAGAGAGGGCAGCCUGACGAGCAACCCUUAUUCCGGCGAUUUAUCGAAGUUUGGUCGAGGUGAUGCGUCGUCUCCGGCUCCAGCCACCACGUUAGCUCAGACACAGCAGAACCAGACCCAGACGCAUCACACCACACAGCAGCCCUUCCUCAACCCAGCGCUACCGCCUGGCUAUAGCUACACGAGCCUCCCAUACUACACUGGCAUGCCGGGUCUGCCCAGUACCUUCCAGUAUGGACCUGCUGUGUUUCCGGUGGCUCCUACCUCGUCAAAACAGCACGGAGUGAAUGUCGGUGUGAAUGCAUCAGCCACACCCUUUCAGCAGGCUAGUGGCUACGGUUCCCAUGGAUACAGCACUGGCUAUGAGGAUGUGGGCCAGGCUUCAGGGAGUGGGGAUUUCUGUAAGGGCGGAUACGGCACUGCCGUGGCCGCUGCCGCUUCUGCACAAAACAAGCCAGCCAGCUCUGUCAGCGGGCCUGGAGUCGGUGUCUCUGUGACGUCGAGCAACACAGGGGUGCCAGAUAUUUCAGGGUCUGUUUACACAAAGACGCAGUCGUUUGAUAAGCAGGGUUUCCAUGCUGGUACACCAGCAGGUUCAUUCAGCCUGCCAUCGGCUCUGGGGAGUGGAGGACCAAUCAACCCACCUGCUGCGGCUGGCUACGCCCCUGCCCCCUUCAUGCACAUCCUUGCACCGCACCAACAGCCCCACUCUCAGAUUCUGCACCACCACCUGCAGCAGGACGGACAGAGCGGCACUGGACAGCGCAGCCAGAACGCCUCCAUUCAACAGAAGUCUCAGAUCAACAAGUCGGCAUACAACAGCUACAACUGGGGGGCAAACUAACAUCUGCUGUCGGGCCCCACCAACCCCACCCACAACGUUAACAGAAGCAAAGAAGGGGGCUCGUCACUCCUUCUGCAAACAGUCUCCACUUAUAAACCCCCUCUUCCUCCUGCAGAGAUUCCCUCCCCAGUCUCUUAGCCCAGCACUCCUGCAGCUCUGACUGCGGUCAGAGGAGGUGCUGUGCCCAGAGAUCCAGCACUGUAAUGAUGCAUGGAUGUGGGGGGGGGGGGGUCUUAGAAAAGAGGGGAGACAGGAGUAUAAUGGUUAUAGAAACACACCGAAAAGAGGUGAUAUAUUGAGUGUUGGGAAUUUGUAUCGUGUUAACAACCCCACCCCAACCCCUUAUUUUCUUUCACUUGUAUGUAACAUAGAACUGUUUUCUAAAAGAAUGAACGUUUCCUGUAUGGUUGCUCUUUUUCUGUCUCUCCCCCUUUUUUGUUCUUGCUGAUGGGGAGGAAUGAAGUACUAUCUGAAGGUGGGGGGACAGGCUGGUUUUGUAUUUCUCACCCUCAGCUCCCCAUUCCUUAAUUUUGGAGGUAGCUCUUCCCUCCGACACAAAAUACCCAAACACAAUAAUUAGCUUAAUUGCCGUUUUUGUUUCUUUUCAUUUUUAUGUCAUUUUAAGUUUUGAAGAAACAAUUCUCUAAAAUAGGUAGAGUUGUGAAGUUUAUUUUUUACCAAAUAUAUAUAUAAAGACAUAUAAGUGAGCUCACUGGCUUUGACUGUGAGGAAAGUGUGUUUGUCAUGUGACUGCGUGCAUGUUUGUACACACGGGGGCCGCGGGUUGUGUACUGUGCUUUGUUUUCUUCCUAGCACAGGGUUUUUCAUUAUCCAACGUAUGUACAGUAACUGUUCCCAUGAAUUAUAAAUAUGUUGCAUCAAGGUCCCACCCAUUCUGCGAGAUGUUGAGAAUGAUUUCUAAGGCCAAUACACACCCAGUCUGCCUUCCAGUGUGUUUUAUUUUUGUUUGUUUCUGAGGCCCCCCCGCCUCCUCCCCGCUCCACCACCUGUCCCCUAUUGUAAGGAAACCUGCAACAUUGAAAUACUGAUGGACAGAAUUGUACUUUGGGUUUUUUGUCAGUGAUUUAUUUUUCUUUUUGUACUGUGCGUUUUAAAAAAAUUUAAAUGGAUAAACUUGUCUUGUACAUAUAUAAAAAAAAACACAAGUACUGUA